UCCAUCAAAUCCCAACAGUUUAUUUCCUAGUCAUUUGGUUUUUAUUUCCAAACACCUUCUCAUAUGCAGAAGUUAAAUGGGAGGCAAAAUUUGAGAAUGAUACAUGUUCAAUGUCCAUGGGUGAUUCAAAAAACAUCAGUGUUGUCAUCAUGCGUUUGAAUCUAACCGAUUUGAUCGCAUCAAAUGCAACAAUCCGAAUAAUUAGUGAUCACAAAAUUCUACAUGUUUCAAAAAUUAUACUUACAAAUGAAAUCGAAGGAGGUGAAUGGAUUGGACUAAUUGAAGUUGACGCUAUUUUCAUCGGAUCCGCUAGUGUAUUUGUGGAAAUUAUGCGAGAGAACACAAUCGAAAGAUCACCACAACAAAUGCGAAUCAAAAUCGUACUCAAGCACGUCGUUGGCGGAGUCUUUGUGAAAAUUUACAAUGUGUGCGUUAUGGUUUUUUACUUCAUCAUGCAAGUUAACUUUGGAGUGGUUUUGGAUUUUAGUAAAGUGAAAUCAAUCAUACGGAAACCUUUGAGACCAUGCGCCGCUUUUGUUUGUAAUUACACAUUUAUACCUCUGGUGAGUUAGUAAAAUUAUGAAUGAUGGGAAACAAAAAAAAAACAUUCAACAUUUGAAUAAUUUCCAACUAAAAUGACCGGAAAAAUAUAAAUUAAAACUAAAUAUUGUCAAAAGGUGAGCUAUGUACUUGGCUUAUAUCUGUUUCCAGACAGUAACAGGCUGCGAUUCGGCUUGUUUAUUUGUGGAUUGAGCUGUUUAGGUAGCGGAUUAUUGGUUUGGGAUGCACUUUUGGGAGGACAUGCUGGUCAAUCCUUAACGAUGACCGCUUUAAAUAUUUUACUAACCCAGGGAAUAGUGAUCCCAUUAUGGGUAUUUGUAUUUGGUGGAAUCGUGUUUGGUUCUAAAAAUUUGGGCGCUUCUUAUAGUGGUUUUGCAAUGACCAUUUUAUUUUUGCUCGUAUCUUUCACCAUCGGUGCACUCAUUCAACAUUUUUAUCCGCGAUCGGUGGGAUUCGCUAUGCAAAGCAUUUCUUGGCUUUUUUUUGUUUACAUUUUUGGCUAUGACGUUUACUUGAUUGUGUAUUACUGGAACUUGUUUACGUUUGAGCUGUUUGUAUUCACAUUGGACCUCUAUUUUGUUGGAUUUAUAAUACCAAUAUUCGCCUACAUUUUCGGAUGGAUCGUUGCAAUGGUGUUUGAAGAAGAGUAUGAAAGUCGAUGGACUGUGGCAAAUAAAGCUCUCGGCGAAAAUAUGUUCAGCGUCAACUUGAUAAUGUCUAUCACAACGUAUUUUCCACAAACGGAAUCGUUGAAAUUUCUCUUCAGCUUAGUGGCAAUUAUGAUACCAAUACCGUUGUUUGCACAUCUAAUUUUCAAUAGAGUCAAAGAAUGGUUGGUUUUGAUUCUAUUUUUAUCGCUCGCAUUUGUCUUCAUCAAUUCAUCAUUCGACUCAUUACUAAUUUAUUUAUGAUUUUACUAUUUAAAAUCAUUUUUAGGCUGAAAACCAAGUGUUCACCUGAGGUUCAUUCCGAAAACGAAUCAAGAAAAAGUAUAGAGAUCACUCGCUUUUGAACGAUCAACCUUAUUAUUUCGGAAAUAAUCUCAAAAAUACAAAAUAAUGCAAAUAAUCACUAGAAAAAUUCAAAGCAAGAAUUUUCAAUAAAAAAAUAUAAUGAAGUCAGAAAUAUUCAUUUUUUAUUCUUUUGCGAUGAACCAUAACGAAUGAUAAGGUAUACGAAAGGACAGCACUGCCAAAAUUCAUGGUUUGAACUAAUCCUACGUUUAUCAUUAUUUGUCAUUGGCAACAAUUCAAACGAUGUCAAUUUUUGUUUGAUAAGUCUGAUUCGAAACCAAUAUUGAAUAGAAAAAAUACCAUUUUUGGAAAUCAGCCAACAAACUGAACUCGAAUUUUGCCAGCAGUGAAGCGUGUUCACAAACCUUAUCACCUUAUCGAAUCCGGCUUAUUAAAUUCAAAGCCAAAAACUUUUUUCCGGUAUUUAUUCUAACCAAAGUAUGAACACACAUAAAUUGUAUAGUCGAUCAUAAACACGUUAUAUAGGCCCUCAACUCUGCGCUUGAAUAAUAGUCAUGGUGAAACAUCACAUUUGAUACCGGCCAUGAUUGUGUGUGCACAAAGCAUGACACACAAACAAUCUGCUCAACACACAGAAGUAUUAGACUGGUGCACGUGUGUGGUUACUUGGAUACUUUGAA